AUGAAAGCUGCUUUUGACUCAAUAUGGCAUAAUGGAUUAAUUUGCAAGCUCAAUGAUCUUCGUCUUCUCUAUUACAUCCUACACACAGCUGAUUCCAUGAAUGAUAUACCGUCUCAUACGGAGCCUGAGCUAUUUGCCAAUGAUACUGCUGUAAGGACAUCAACAUCAGCACAUCAGGUCCAAAUGCAAAAUUUCAACAGUCGAUCGAUGCCUUCGAAAUUUAGUGAAAAUUAUGGAAAUUGA